UAUGCUUUUGUUGGUGACUUUAUCUUCUAUUUUUUAAUGGCCAAAAGGGUUUAUUCAAGCAGCAAGGAGCUCAAACACAUGGAGCAACAGUUUGACAGGGAUGAUAGUUUAUUUAUUUGAUUCCUAAAGAUCUUGGGCAGAGUGCUACAUAGAGAGAGAGAGAGAGAAGGCAAUAUCGAUAUAGUUUCAGACAAUUUGGCAAUGGCGAGGCAAGUGGGAAUCGUUGGAGCUGGUAUAAGUGGCCUCCUGGCCUGUAAAUACACCUUGUCAAAAGGUUUCCAUCCAGUUGUUUUCGAGUCCCAAAGCAGCGUUGGAGGGGUAUGGACCCAAACGGUGGGGACUACAAGGCUCCAAACUCCCAGGUCAAAUUAUCAGUUCUCAGAUUUUCCUUGGCCAUCUUCAGUCACAGAUGAUUUCCCUAACCAACACGAUGUCUUCGAUUACGUUAAGGCGUAUGCACAACAUUUUGACUUGCUUAAGCACAUCAAAUUCAACACCAAAGUUGCUGGUAUUGAGUAUGAAGGCCCCCCUGAUGAAGAGAUCCGAUCUUGGAGUUUAUGGGGUGGCACUGGUGAGCCCUUUGGCUCCAAAGGGAAAUGGAAGGUCAUCGUGGAAGACUUGGAAAGCCUUUCAACUGAGAUUUACCUAGUGGACUUUGUAAUCGUUUGUGUGGGGCGGUUCAGUGGUCUGCCAAACAUUCCAGAAUUCCCCCCACACAAGGGCCCGGAAGCAUUUCAUGGUAAGGUAAUACAUUCCAUGGACUAUGCUGCCAUGGAUAAUGAAAAGGCUGCUGAGUUCAUCAAAGGCAAACGAGUCAUUGUCGUUGGGUUCCAGAAAUCUGCAUUGGACAUUGCAAUGGAGUGCACUUUUGCAAAUGGGGUGGAAAAUCCAUGCACAGUUUUCUACAGGACUGCACACUGGAAUGUCCCCGAUUAUCUUCCCUGGGGGAUUCCACUUGGAUAUAUGUAUCUUAACCGAUUCUCAGAGCUUAUGGUUCAUAAGCCUGGUGAAGGGCUUCUACUUGGUCUCUUAGCUACGAUUCUAGCACCGCUGAGAUGGUCAUAUUCAAAAUUUGUUGAAAGUGAUAUCAAAAGGAAGCUACGUUUAGCAAAGCAUGGCACAGUACCCACACAUAGCUUCCUCCAUGAAAUCAGUUCUUGCUUAAUCUCAACGGUCCCAGAAAAAUUCUAUGACAAAGUUGAAGAAGGAAGAAUCAAACUGAAAAAGGCUCCCAGCUUUAGUUUCUGUCACAAUGGCGUUCUGGUGGAAGGUGAGACUACACCUGUUGAGGCAGACGUGGUCAUCUUGGCCACCGGAUUCAAGGGGGAGAAAAAGCUCGGAGACAUUUUUCUGUCCCAAACCUUUCAGGACUACAUGGCUGGAUCACCUGAUGCUGCAAUGCCACUCUACAGGGAGUGCAUUCAACCUCAUAUACCUCAACUAGCUGUGAUCGGAUUCUCUGAGAGUGUGUCGAAUUUGUACACCUCAGAGAUAAGAUGCCGAUGGCUCGCAGAACUUCUUGAUGGCACAUUCAAGCUGCCUAGCAUCAAAGAGAUGGAAAAAGAUGUGACAAAAUGGGAUGAAUACCUGAAACGAUACUCGGGUGAAUACUAUCGUAGGAAGUGCAUCGGUGCUCUUCAUGUUUGGUAUAAUGAUCAACUCUGCAAAGAUAUGGGAUGGAACCCCAGGCGGAAGAAGGGAUUCUUUGCUGAACUUUUUGAGCCUUAUGGUCCCUUGGAUUAUGUCCCCUCUUCAGCUGCCUCUUAGCCAUGGGUUUGCUCAUCCUUCGUUGUUUUAUGAGUUUCAUUCGUGUUUGUCCCCCUCUUUCGAGGGAAUGAGUUUGGUAUUGCUCCAUGAUACUUAAUUCGAAGCACGAUGUAAGAAUAAUUUAUUUUUCUUAUUUUGGGUAAUAAAAGGAAUAAGAAAUAUUAAUACUA